AAUGGGGAGCAGCUGCCGCUGUCCUCCCACUGCGGCGGGCGGCUGCGGCUGCGGCCUGGGGUGCCUUACCUCGUCACCACCAUCCCAAAUUCAACGGCUCUGCUUGACCAAGCUUCCAACCUCUCACUGCCACCAUCACCAACCAAACCGUCCUCGAAUCCCUCAACACCCGCAUUGCAGCUCGAUACGCCUGCCCGCCCAUCACCCGAGCGACCCGCGCAUAAACAUAUACCUACAGUCAUUCUUACCUCGGAUUCUCCUCGACCUCCUCUGAAACCUACCUCCGCGCCAAUUGCCCCUUCGCCCAAGAUGGCUCCCCAACAAAAUGGCGCCGAGGUUGAUGGCAUCCAUACCGGCAAGAUCUACUCGGUGUCCGGCCCCGUCGUUGUCGCCGAGGACAUGAUCGGUGUUGCUAUGUAUGAGUUGGUUAAAGUCGGCCACGAUCAACUAGUUGGUGAAGUCAUUCGUAUCAAUGGCGACCAAGCAACAAUUCAAGUAUACGAAGAGACGGCUGGUGUCAUGGUUGGCGAUCCCGUACUACGGACCGGCAAGCCUCUCUCUGUCGAACUCGGCCCUGGUCUCCUAAACAACAUUUACGAUGGUAUCCAGCGCCCCCUCGAGAAGAUCGCCGAGGCUUCCAACAGCAUUUACAUUCCCCGCGGUAUUGCCACCCCUGCGCUGGACCGCAAGAAGAAAUGGGAGUUCACACCGACCAUGAAGGUUGGCGAUCACAUCGCGGGUGGUGACGUCUGGGGUACUGUCUACGAGAACUCGUUUAUCUCUGUCCACAAGAUUCUCCUCCCUCCCCGGGCCCGUGGUACCAUCACUAGGAUCGCCGAGAAGGGCGAGUACACCGUUGAGGAGAAGAUCCUCGAGGUCGAGUUCGAUGGCAAGAAGACCGAAUAUCCCAUGAUGCAGACCUGGCCUGUCCGUGUACCGCGUCCUACGGCCGAGAAGCAUUCUGCCAACCAGCCUUUCCUUGUCGGCCAGCGUGUGCUCGACGCUCUGUUCCCCUCGGUCCAGGGUGGUACUGUUGCUAUUCCUGGUGCUUUCGGCUGCGGCAAGACUGUCAUUUCUCAGUCCGUCUCCAAGUUCUCCAACAGUGACGUUAUCGUAUACGUCGGUUGUGGUGAGCGCGGUAACGAGAUGGCUGAAGUCUUGAAGGAUUUCCCCGAGCUGUCUAUUGAGGUCGACGGCCGCAAGGAGCCCAUCAUGAAGCGCACGACCCUCAUCGCCAACACCUCCAACAUGCCCGUCGCCGCUCGUGAGGCGUCCAUCUACACGGGUAUCACAGUCGCCGAGUACUUCAGAGAUCAGGGCAUGAACGUCGCCAUGAUGGCUGACUCUUCGUCCCGUUGGGCUGAGGCGCUCAGAGAAAUUUCGGGUCGUCUAGGAGAAAUGCCGGCUGAUCAGGGCUUCCCCGCUUACCUUGGUGCCAAGCUCGCAUCCUUCUACGAACGCGCCGGCAAGGUCCAAGCUCUUGGUAGCCCGCCGCGCGAGGGUAGUGUUAGCAUCGUUGGUGCUGUUUCUCCCCCCGGUGGUGAUUUCUCUGAUCCCGUCACAUCUGCCACCCUCGGUAUCGUGCAGGUCUUCUGGGGUCUCGACAAGAAGCUUGCACAACGCAAGCACUUCCCGUCCAUCAACACCUCCGUCAGUUACAGCAAGUACCUCACCAUUCUCGACAAGUGGUAUGAGAGAGAGUACCCCGACUUCCCCCGCCUCCGCGACCGCAUCCGCCAGCUCCUUUCCGACAGCGAAGAGCUCGACCAGGUCGUCCAGCUGGUUGGCAAGUCGGCGCUCUCGGAUCCCGACAAGAUCACGCUCGACAUGGCAACGCUCAUCAAGGAGGACUUCCUCCAGCAAAACGGCUACUCAGACUACGACCAGUUCUGUCCUAUUUGGAAGACGGAGUGGAUGAUGAAGCUCAUGAUGGGAUUCCACGACGAGGCACAAAAGGCAAUUGCUCAGGGCCAGAACUGGAACAAGGUGCGCGAGGCCACCCAGGACCUGCAAGCCCAGUUGAAGAGUCUCAAGUUCGAGGUCCCUAGUGAAGGACAAGAGAAGAUUUGCAAGAAGUACGAGGCGAUACAGCAGCAGAUGCUGGACAAGUUCGCGUCUGUCAUUGAUGAGUAAACGAGCGCCGGGAUAUACAGUAGUCGAGUUAGCAUAGAUGGAAGCAAGAAGCAAGCAUGAUGCAUGGACUGUCUGUCUGGGGGUUUAUUGAAACGGGAGGUGGGUGUACAUGAAACGGGUUUAUGAGGGUGAUGAUGAUGAAAGACUGUUUUAGUUGAUUUUGUUUUGUUCACUGUUAGUUCGUCGUCGUCGUCGUUGAAGUAGUGUUGUGAACGUUGCUCACUUGUCGCGGGACCCUCGUUUUCGAACACCAUGCUAUUAAUUCCUCUUGGAUGCGCUUUCGACUUGCUCAGCUCUAGCAACCGUGCUUGAAUCACUUGAUCGUAUGUAUAUACCCUUGCUUGCCUCUUCUGACUUGAUUCAACCCUGUAU